UUCACUACGUUUACGGAAGUCAGUCCUUCAGUUCGACCGUUACCGGUUGCCCAGUUUAACAACAUAACAUCGAGGGGGAAACUGUAAGGGCUACCAGGGAGGUAACGAGUAAACCGGGUUGGUUCUUUAUUGGCGCUUGACAUAAAUGUCAAAAUGAAACCUUCACUGGACUCGGACUCGGACGAAGAGAUCGGAACAUAUCAGAAGAAGUUAAGAGAGAGGGCUAACAGGAGUAUUCAGCAGCUGAGCAACAUGCUGGUGACGCAAAACUCUGAUGCUGAGGCGCUGGAGCAAUCGAGCAGUCGGCACAGUUCGCCGGAGAGCUCGAGACAACCAACACAGCAAAGUGAAGCAGUAAGUCAGCUCCGAUCAUUGCUUCAAAAGCAGCCUAAAGAAAUCAGCUCUCCUUCACCUUCAAAAAGGAAACCCAUUCUGAAGCGACAGGUAGAUGAAGAUGGUGGAAGUUUAACUCCAGUCCAGGACCUGGUUCCCAUCAUUCACAACCAGUCUGAGUACAUCCAACACCUUGAGGCUGAGGUCAAGUUCUGCAAGGAAGAGCUGCUCACGAUAAAGCAGCGAAUUAGAGUAGUGGUUGUAGAGAAUGAAAAACUGCAUGAAGAGCUUAAGGCAAAGAUGGUCGAAGACACUCUGAGGGAAUAUACGCUCAUGGAUGGCACGGUAAAUGCUGAAACAUCAGUAGAUAAAAUGACCUCAACACCAGCAGCAAAACCAAGACGGGAUUUAAUUCAAAAAACAGAAGACAGGAAAUGGGAAAAAGAGCUGGAGCAGCUAAAAUGUUUGUACCAAGCACAGACUGAGACGCUAGAAGCUCAGGUAGUUUCACUGAAGAAGGAGCUGGUGGGUUCCCAGACAGAAUGUGAGGACCUGAAGGGCCGUCUGAGGCAUAAGGAAGCAAUGGCAAGUGUAUCGGGGGCUGGUCAGCGCGUCGGAGGUUUGUGUCUAAAAUGCGCUCAGCAUGAAGCUGUACUAGCAGAAACACACUCCAACAUUCACGUCCAGGCCAUCGAACGACUUACCAAAGAGCGAGACGAGCUGAUGAUGGCACUGUGCUCUCUGAGGACCAGUCAGAGCGAGGCGCAGCAGAGGGAGUGGGCUGCCUAUCAUCAGGUCAAACAGGCUGUGGAGAUGGCAGAGGAGGCUAACCUGGAGAAGACCAAGGCACUAGUACAGUGCGAGCAUGUCCUGGCUGAGCUUGCUAGGCAGAGGGAAAGACUGGAGAAGGAACUUGCUUCAGAGCAGGAGAAGAUCUCUCAGGCACGGAAUGCAGCCCGCUCCGAGAGCAAAAAGGAGAAAGAGGAACUCGCUCAGAUGGUGACCUCCUUGACAUGCAGAGUGGCCGAGCUAGAGGGACUUCUGGAUCGAGGAGACCGAGAAAGGAACUCUCUCAACACUCAUCUAGAGGAGGCUUUUAAGAAACUCACCGCCCAGGAGACUGACAACAGCAGGGUGUGUGGGGAGCUGCGCUACCAGGUGAGCCAGGCCCAGCUUAAGAGAGAAGAGGCUGAGAGGGAAUUACGGGACUCCUGCUCUAAACUGGGCCGGCAGCUCGAGUUAGCACAACAGGAAGUGCAGAAGCUGGGUGCAGAGCUGAGUGGCAGCCAGCAGCGUUUGGAGGAGGCCCAGAGGGCAGAGGGCCGAGCUCGGACGGAGGCAGCCGGCCUGGCAGAGGGGCUGAACCGCGCCCAGCGCCAACUGCACCUCACCAGGAAGGAGAAGGAGGCGCUGGAGCGCCGUUGUGCGGAGGACACAGCUGCUCUGACCUUCCAGGCUCAACGGCGCGAGUAUGAGCUGACACAGACGCUCCAGCAAAUGGAAGCGCAGCACGAGAGGAAUGUUGCAGACAUGGAUGCCUUGUUGAGCUUGCAGAAUGGCCUCAUAGGGAAGCUGAAGGAGAAGUGUCACACACUUUGUUCAAAAAUGGAAGAGCUAACCCACUCUAACAGGGCUGAGGUGGAACAGCUUUCUUUAGAGAAGGAGCACCUGCAGGAGAGCGUGGAGAAGCUACGAGGUCGCUGUCAUGAGAUGGAGGAACAGUGUGUACAGCAUGGGAGAAUGCAUCAGCGCAUGAAACACAGAUUGCAGCAGCUGGACCAGCACUGUCAGUCCAGCGCUCAGCAGGUGAUGGAGCUGCUCAACAGACAGGACCAGCUCGUGCACGAGAGGCAGCGUCUCAUGGAAGAGAUGCACAACCUGCGCGUACAGUUACCAGCAGAGAGGAGAGAAACCAUCAGAACAGCGUGAGGACGCCUAUUUCCUUCGCUCUCGACGGAGUUAAUCCGAUCACACCAACAGAGCGGCAUCGCCGUGGCUUUACUCAGAAACCAUGAGGGAUUUUGCUACAAGUAAGAAGUGGGUGAGUGGGUGCGAGUUUGUGCGUGUGAUGGCUGCAGGGGGUCGUGUGACAUCACAGUCCAUACUGCACACACAGCAGCAGUGCUGGCUCUCAGGCACUAACACUCUCUCUCUCUCACUUACACACACACACACACCGUCUCCUUCUCUUGCUCUCUCUCUCUCACUCACACACACACAAACACACCCUGUAUACACAUGGAUUUGGUAAAGUAUGUUCAUGAUCACUGCUCAGGACUUCUUAGUGCAUUAAAUGUAUUUUAAACAUAGAUUUUUCUUCUCCUUUUUAAAUUUUUUUAUUUCAAGAUGGAAACAACUAAUUUAUUUGCCGUUUUUACACUUUUUGAUGUGUUUGUACAUGUCUGGAUCUUUGUUUUGUAAACAAGCUUUGUUAAUAAAUGAUGAAAUCUGACUCAAGUGGAAUAUGAAUUAUACAUCCGAACACAAGAAUCUCCCAGGUCCACGCCCGAGUCGAGAGGAAAGGAAGCUGGGAAGGAAGCAAGAGAGGCAUACUGAGCGCAGAUUGACAGUGUUUUAUUUAAGCAGUCUGUAAGAAGGAAAAUAAUGUGCAUCCCUAUCAUAUACAUUUACAUGUAAAAAUACUAAGGAUGUUCAUCGUACAAAAAAGGUUUUCUCGUAGAUCGGCGUUUUCACAUCCUUAUGGGCCAUUUAGUCAUGAAAUAAGCAUUCUCUUUUAGUUCAUUAAAUAUCACAACCAGUAAUACAGUUGUUCUUUCGUUUGCAUUGUUUCUUUUUUCUGUUGUUGUUUUUUUUUUAUCAAGUCCCUUUUGCGUAAAAAAACAACAAACUAAACAAAAAAUCCUAACCAUGUGUCCAGAUCUUCACAUGGAUCUAAUGACAGAGCUAGCAAGGGCAAGAAGUGUCACAAACUCUAAAGCUACAUGGCCGUAAAAUCAAUUACAACUCGUUUUAUUUAAUCAUUUAUUUAUUUAUUUGCUCUUUUUUUUUCAGUUUUUCUCUUUUCUGUUUUUAAAUAAAUACUUUACAAUUCAUGCUUGUUCAUAGUACACUACCAGGAGCAAGAGAACAAGAAAUUAUGUUGUAGACGAUACAAACAGUAGCAGCAAAGUGUGUACGUUGAGGUGUAAA